AUGACGAACAAUGUCUCCGAGUUUCCCAUACCGGCAGGAAAUGUCAUAGUCAGGGUCAGCAUCAUCGACACGGGGUCUCGUAUAGGCAAACUACCCGCUGCCUUUCUGAUGCAGCCAGCGUUCAAAAAAUUCGAGUUCAUGCCGACAAUACCAUCGUGGUCAUUCCUCAUUGAACACCCUUCAGGGCACAAUGCCAUCUUUGACUUAGGCAUGCCUAAAAAUCGAUUGGAACUUGCUCCUGUAGUGGCAGAAGAUGAACGGUUCCUGGACUGGGACAUCCAAACACCAAAAGAGGUGAUCGAUGUUCUCGAGGAGCACCAAUUUGCUGCCGCACGGAUUAAAAGUGCUAUUUGGAGUCAUUGGCACUGGGAUCAUAUAGGAGACCCCUCACGGUUUCCCGCAGGCACGGAUCUGAUAGUCGGUCCCGGGUUUCGUCAAGCAUUUUACCCUGGCUAUCCUAGUAAAUCAGAUGCACCGGUCAGGGAGAGCGACUUCCUGGAAAGGAAUGUCAUCGAAGUAGAUUUCAACGAAUCCGCUCGAUACACGAAGGUUGGUGACUUCCCAGCCCAUGACUUCUUCGGAGAUGGAUCUUUCUAUCUUCUGGAUACUCCUGGACAUGCGAUAGGGCACCUGGGCGGCCUGGCACGCACAACUACCAAUCCGGAUACCUUCAUCUUCAUGGGUGGUGACCUCUGCCACCAUAGUGGACAGAUAAGACCCUCUCCACAUCUACAUAUCCCGAGUAAUCUCAAACAAUCAUCCUUCGGCGUCCACAAAUCACAUUCUGGUGAUUUGUUCGAGAAACUAGUACUGUCAAAGACUGGCUCAACAGAAAAGCCACUGUUCACUCCAGCACCAGCACAGGUCGUGAAUGAAGAAGACGCAAAUCGGACACGGGCUAGGGCACAGAUGGCAGAUGCUCAGGAGAAUGUUUGGUUCAUUUAUGCUCAUGAUCCGAGUCUUUCCCAUGUGGUAGAGUUCUUCCCAUCAUCGGCUAAUGACUGGAAAGCGAAAGGCUGGCGGCCGAAAACUAUGUGGAAUUUCCUUGAAGAUUUGUGCGCCGUUGUUGAUGAAUUUGAUAGUAAGAAUGGAUUGUGA